AUGCACCGCUCGGAACUUUAUUACCACACACUGGUCGCUUGCAUCGCGGGUUCCAUCUUGGCUUUUACCGCCGUAGUUCUAAACGUUUUAGUAAUACUCGCGCUGAGAAAUAUUCCUUCCUUGCCAAGAAAAACUCUGAAAACAUUGCUUCUGAGUAUGUCUGUCUCCGACCUUGGUGUUGGUUUAGUAGCGCAGCCACUAAACAUUUAUCUCCUUGUCAGCGACAUAAAUUUCCUUUCUUCAUAUAUUUUUCUUGAUCACCAUGAAGCUAUAUUUGACGUGUACAGAGUCGUGGCCAACGUCCUAACGUAUGCUUCGUUUUUUAGCAUCGUGGCGUUGAGUGCUGACAGAUUUUUGGUUAUACGCCUUCAGCUCCGGUACCAGGAUGCAGUAACUCAUAAACGCGCCAUUGCUGGGGUCAUUUCAUUUNCUAAACGUUUUAGUAAUACUCGCGCUGAGAAAUAUUCCUUCCUUGCCAAGAAAAACUCUGAAAACAUUGCUUCUGAGUAUGUCUGUCUCCGACCUUGGUGUUGGUUUAGUAGCGCAGCCACUAAACAUUUAUCUCCUUGUCAGCGACAUAAAUUUCCUUUCCUCAUAUAUUUUUCUUGAUCACCAUGAAGCUAUAUUUGACGUGUACAGAGUCGUGGCCAACGUCCUAACGUAUGCUUCGUUUUUUAGCAUCGUGGCGUUGAGUGCUGACAGAUUUUUGGUUAUACGCCUUCAGCUCCGGUACCAGGAUGCAGUAACUCAUAAACGCGCCAUUGCUGGGGUCAUUUCAUUUUGGCUGUUGAGCGCCGUCCUUCCGCUGAUUCGAUUUCUUGAGUGGUUCCCAGAGAACAAGAUUUUCAUUUUUUUUGUUACCAUUCAGUUCAUUUGUCUCAUCAUGUCAGGCCUGUUUUACUUCAAGAUUUUUUUAGCCUUGCGACAGCACGCAGCCCAAGUUCAAAACGUACCAGGUGAAAGCGAAGAGAGGAAUGAAGCGGUAAAUGCAGCAAGAGAGAGAAAAGCUGCAUUCGGCGUAUUUUAUGUGUAUCUCACAUUUCUGGCUUGUUACCUACCAAGGAUUUGUUUCAGUGUUGCCGAAAAAAUAAUUGAUAUUAAGCGA